GGGAUCAGAAUCCACCACUUGCGAUCGUGCAAGGCACCACCUUAGAUCCCUCCUCGCUUAUGAAAGUCGUACUGUCCAGAUGGGACCUCACUCUCCAUCUUCUUAGAUCUCGCCGUUUCCGUACAGUCGCCGAUGUAUUUUCGCCGGAAAGUUUCUGAUUGACUGGAGAUCGCGCCACUAUUGAAGUCUAGUUUAGGAUUCGUUUCUCAACGUGCCUUUGUCAUUUCCAAAAAUCAACUGGUUAGAACUGCGAGAUUACUUGAUUUACUUGGAUCGAAAAGGUAGCAAAGGAGAAAAAACACAUGUCUUUCCAGAACACAGGCUUUUGGAUGGCAAAGGGCACUGGGUGCUUAAAUGAUGGUGACAUGGCCUAUGAUAACUCCUCCAGAAUUGAGCCGAAGCGUUCUCAUCAGUGGUUUAUGGAUGGAAAUGAGACUGAGCUAUUUCCAAACAAGAAACAAGCUGUGGAAGUUCCAAGCCACACUUCAUUCUCUGGAUUUCUAAAUUCAAAUGUUUCUAUUUCUCCAUGGGGAAAUACUUCUGGUUUAAACUCUACCAUUGGCCAAGUAACUGAACGUUUAUUUGACCCUGAAACUGCUAGGGCCAGCAAUUUUGAUGAUGGCAAUAUUCCAUCAGUUGGCACAGACAAUGAUCAUGUGGGGAGAAAAGCCAUUGAGGAUUCAUUUGGAAGUGAUUCUCCAUUUGGUUUGUCCAUGUGUCAUACAUUUGAGGAUCCUAGAUCAGGUCUUAGUUAUGGUGGAAUUAGAAAAGUUAAAGUCAGCCAGGUGAAGGACUGUGAGAAUUUCAUGUCAGUAUCAAUGGGACUUGCCUAUAAUGGCGAUAAUGGUACUGUGUCAACACCUCAUGCUUAUGGCAAGACAGAUGACAAUUCCAUAUCAAUGGGCCUUUCAUUUAAUAGAGACAAUGCAAAUAUUAUAUCCAUUGCCGAUGCCUAUAAUAGAGUAGAUGACAAUUUUAUAUCAAUGGGCCAAUCAUAUGUCAAAGGGGAUGAUAGCACCUUAUCAAUGGGUCACGUUCAUAAGGGGAGUAAUAAUGCCAUAUCAAUGAGUCAAUCUUUCAGCAAGGGUGAUGGCAAUAUCUCAACAAUGGGUGAGACGUUCAAUAGGCAAGAUGACAAUAAUAUACCAAUGGGCAAUUCCUUCAAGGACUCAAUUUGUGAGCCUCUCAGCAAGGCUGACAACCUUUUCCCAUCCAUGGGUCAAACCUAUAGGAAAGGUGACAGUAAUUCUAUGUCCCUGGGUAGCUUAUACAACAAGCUAGAAGACAAUGCCAAACCAAUGGGCCACACUUUCGACAAAGUUGAAAACAGUGCUUUGUCAAUAGGUCACUCUUUUGGUAAGGGAAACAGUAAUAUCAUUUCUUUUGGGGGACAAGAUGAUGAUGAUAUAAAUUCUUCAGGAAGGCUUAUAUGCAGUUAUGACUUGUUAAUGGAUCAAUCUUCAACUCAAAGACCAGAAGCACUAAGUGAAAAAUGUUUUGUUGAAUCAAAUGUGAAUGCCAUUGUAAGUGCCACUAAGAUAACUUCCUCCAUGAGUGAAACCGUUUCUAAGGAGGAUCAAAAAGCAUCUAAAAAGGUUCAUUCAAACAAUUUCCCUUCAAAUGUUAGAAGCUUGCUUUCAACUGGUAUGCUGGAUGGUGUGCCUGUGAAGUACAUUGCAUGGUCACGUGAGAAGGAGCUUCGUGGCAUCAUAAAAGGUUCUGGUUAUCUUUGUGGAUGUCACUUGUGUAACUUUUCUAAGGCAAUUAAUGCAUAUGAGUUUGAACGCCAUGCCUGUUGUAAAACAAAACACCCAAACAAUCACAUAUACUUUGAGAAUGGAAAGACCAUUUAUGGAAUAGUUCAAGAACUGAGGAACACACCUCAAGAUUUGUUGUUUGAAGUUAUUCAGACAAUUACCGGGUCAUCCAUUAACCAGAAAGCUUUCCGUCUAUGGAAAGAAUCAUUCCUAGCUGCUACUCGUGAACUACAGCGUAUAUAUGGGAAGGAUGAAGGCAAACAAUUCUCCUAAAUGUUUCCUUGGUCAGAUAUAAAGGGUUUUCUGUAUUUUUAAGAAACCUAAACUGCGUUCAACUGGCUGGGGGCAUUUCCAUGCCGCAACUCCUUUCCAAGGUGCGGAACAACUACAGGAAUUGAUUGCAGUCCUGUCAUGCCACUUAAGUUGCGCCCAUUAUGGAGGAUAUAGGAUUGAAAAUUGCUCUGCUUUUCUGUUCUCCUGAUUUUGUGAUUUAUUUAAUCAUCUUAUUUUUUUUAAUUAAGACAAAUUUCUCCAAGGAAAGAUCAAGUUUGAACAUUUGUUUCGAGUUAAACCUUGGGUACGACAAAUCACUUGUACCAGUCAUGUCAAGUAAGCCCAUGGUGCAAAAUGUGACCCCAAAACCCAAAAUGCCCACAUUUUAUUCAACUAUUCAUGGGGUUAUGUUUCCCAUACAUGGUUAUUUCACAGCAUCAUAUGGACAUGAGUAUAUUAAGGGGCACUGCUAAGGUCUAAGUAGGUCAUGUACAGUUCAGUUAGACUUAAUAUGUACGUACUUAGCUAAAAGAUAUCAGAUGCCUAUUCUGUACAUGGCAUCUACCAAGUUGACAUGGAACCAUGAUAUUUUAUUUUUUUAUUUGUAAGCGUUUAUAUUCUCCUGUACA